UUGCUUACAUUUUGAAGAAUGUGUCAAGAAAAUAAAACACAGCAUUCUUCCAUUUUUAGAGUUUCUUUCCUUCAUGAUCAUACAUGUGAAAAAGAAAUUAAGGUUGAGUGAUAAAUUGGAAGAACACUAAGAAGAAUGUCGAGCUCGUUUCCCUUCAACCUAAAAUAGACGUCGCCGCCAAUAAACUAUCGAAGAAGAACAAAUACAACGAGGAGAAAAAGAAACCCGACAACAACAAAAUCGAUGAGAGAAAACCGAAGAAAAAUCCUCCAAACAAGUUAGAAAUUUCAGUACCUUCUUCGAUACAAUGCGCAAUGACGACACAAAAACAAAACUCAUCCUAGAUGAUUCAUAAUUGAUUCGUUUUUGUCUUUCUUUUUCGUGAUGAUUGAGUUCCUCUUCGUUUUUAUUUUGUUUGAAUUUUCACUUGAAUAGCUUUAUCUCAAUAACUAUUUUAAUUUUCUAUUUUUUCCAGUUGGUUCAAAUUCAAAACACGGUCGUUUUUAAGACUAGUUGAUAGAUGCGAAGGAAAUUGUACCAGAUAUGGCGGAGAAGGUGAUACGAAAUGUGAAGGUGGUUCAACCAAAGAAAGAUGAUGGUAAAAAUAAAGAGAAAGAUGAAGGGAAAUCAAACUUAAGGGGCACCAAGAACCCAUACGUAUAUGUGACUUAUAAAAAAUUAUUUCUUAAAAAAAGUUAAGUAUUUCAUUUUUCAAUGCAUUGUUAUACAAAUUUUCAUAAAAACAUAUUAUUUAAGUAAGUCAUUUAAGAUUGUCCCAGAGACACUCAUCAGCAUUUCACAUAAAAAAAUAGAGCACCAAAUUCAUUAUUUAUAUGACACUUAAAAUCAGAGGGACGAUCUUGGAUGUUUGUAAAAAUAAUCAAUCAAAACUUCCUUCGUUUUUUUUAUGGUAGCUUCCUUCAAAAUUUAUAGUGUCGUCUUUGAAUCUAGGACACCAUCAAAGAUAUUCAACCUAACAAUGUCGGUAUUAUCGGUUGUACCUGACCUUAAAGUUAAUUCUUUUAAAAUUCUAACAUUUUUUUUAGGGAUAAAUUCUAACUUUUUUCCUUUUUUGUUGAUAAUAAUAUUUUAUGUCCUAAUAAAUCAUUUUCCAAUCUCAUCACACAAAGUGCGCAGUUUGACUUGGUAUGUAACAAAACUAUAUUUGCACUACUUUCGGACAAUUCAUAUUUGUGAACAAUUUCUCCAUCAAAUGAUAUCAAAUUUCUUCAAUAUUCCUCCAACACCUUAUUUUCGAAAAAUUUCCUUUCUUUUGUUAUUACCAAUGGAUCCCUUUAAAGGUCAAGGAGGCAUUCAAAUGCUUCUAACUGCUGAACAAGAAGCCCAACACAUUGUUUCAAAUGCAAGAAAUUUGAGGACUCAAAGGUUGAAGCAAGCAAAAGAUGAAGCUGAAAGGGAGGCAGCUCAAUACAGAUCUCACAUGGAAGAAGAAUAUCAAAAGUCACUAACAGAGACAACUGGGAGCUCUGGAUUAAAUGUAAAAAGGCUUGAUCAAGAGACAGAUACUAAGAUUGGAGACUUAAAGCAAUCAGGUUCAAAGGUCUCAACAGAAGUUGUUGACAUGCUACUCAAGUAUGUUACAAAUAUUAAAACAUAAUGGCCUAAGUAAUUGAUGAAGACAACAAUAUGAGAAGUCACCACCUACAAUAAAGCAAGCAGAGCUAAGAAGAUUCAUUAGUUGCUUUCACUCUUGUUUGCCAUUGCAUAAAGACUUGGCUAAAUGCUUCUGCCUCCACCAAAAAUCACUUGUGACAAAAUGAACAAAAGCUUUGAUUUUCUCUCGUAUUUAACAUAUAUACUUAGUAAUAUAUAUUUUUAUUAGUGUAA